UGGGGCCAUACUGUAGUGACUGAGGGAGUGUUUUAAAUGAUUGAAACAUUUCCAAAGAGCUUUUAAAAUUACAUGUAUAGGAAGAACACUGAUGGUCUGAGGACCAAAAAAGGUGUAAACAAUAAUAAUGUACACAAAUUAAAUAUUUAUUGACUAAAUCCAAAAUGAAGAGCAUCACAGACUGCACACAACGGAAUAUUAUACUAAAAGCUGAGAUAAACUAGGAAUCGGAACAUGAAAAACAUGAUCCUUUAACAAAGCUUUUAAUUGCAUGCGAGAAGAGGAAUGCUGUAAGACAUGUACUUUUUUUUUCUUUGAGUAACAAGUAAGUCAUUUGUAUUUGCUGAAAAAAGGAAACAAAAAUGGAUAAAUUUCGCAUGAUCUUCCAGUUCCUACAGUCCAACCAGGAAUCAUUCAUGAAUGGAAUAUGCGGUAUUAUGGCACUUGCGAGUGCCCAUCUAUAUACAGCUUUUGAUUUCAACUGCCCGUGUAUACCAGGCUACAAUAUGUCGUACGGCAUGGGCGUACUAUUCGUUCCACCUAUAGUACUAUUCCUUUUAGGGUUUGUAAUGAACAAUAAUGUAUCCAUGUUGGCAGAAGAAUGGAAGAGACCCACAGGUAUGAGACAAAAGGAUCCUGCAGUUUUACGUUAUAUGUUGUGUUCGAUGACCCAGAGAGCAUUUAUCGCCCCAGCUGUUUGGGUAUCAGUGACAUUAUUGGAUGGCAAAUGUUUUAUUUGUGCGUUUAGCACUUCAGUACCUGUGGAUAAACUUGGUAAUAUGACAGAUGUAGACUUAUCAGAGAAAGAAAUUAAGAGAAUGUUAGCUAGGAUUCCUUGCAAAGACAUUUACGAUGGGCACAGCAUUAUUGAACAAGAAGUGGCAGCGAGGUAUCUGCGAUGCAUCUCCCAGGCUUUGGGAUGGACUUUUGUUUUAAUUAUGACCUUCAUGGCAUUCCUUGUUAGAGCCAUCCGACCGUGUUUUACCCAAGCCGCUUUCCUGAAGAGCAAAUACUGGUCCCAUUACAUUGACAUAGAGCGCAAGCUAUUUGACGAGACCUGCACAGAGCAUGCAAAAAGCUUUGCCAAGCUUUGUAUUCAGCAAUUCUUUGAGACAAUAAACCAAGAUAUGGGUAUGGAACAUCACAUGGAACCUCCUUAUAUAACGGAGGAGAAACCAUCAGAACAAGAGGAAAAAGAGAAGCUCUUGGGAAUCACAGACCAAGGAACAAUGAAUAAAGUACUGAAAAACUGGCACAAAUGUAAACCUCCAUUAAACUUGAGCAAAUAUGAAACCCAUAAUGGAAAUGGAUGCAUCAAAGAAAACAUUGAGUUAAAUAAUUUGAACAGUCCUAAGAAGGAAAUUAUAACUUAUUAUAGUAAGGUUUAAUAUUUGGCUCACUUGUAAAAAAGAAGGAAUAAUUCUACCAACAUUUACAAGGGAGAUAAGUGAAAUGCCUAAAAAUCCAGAGGAACAGUAACAGAAUACUGUAAUACUGGGGACUGUUACAAUGUGAUGAAAAUACACACACUGCAUUCUGAAGAAUGUGCUUCUUUUUAGUAUAAUGCAUUUAUGUAUUACGGAGCAUAAACAUAUGUGGCUAUUAUUUGUUUUAAAUUAAAAUUGUAAUUUAUAUUAAAAUGUUUUAGAUUGAAAACUAGGGGAAAGGACCUGGAUAUACCAGAGGUGCUAUUUUGUGAUGCAGAAUAUCUAAAUUAGGGACAGAUUAUAAAUGGAGCUUAAAAUAUCGCUUAUGCAAAAGCGAUAUAUAUGCGCUCCACUUUGUAAUACCAGCGCUGGUAUUAUGAGGCAGGUAUAAUUGCACGAAAGCAUUGCGCUCACAAGAGCGUGCUUCCAUAUGCUCCAAUGACAUCUAAGCGCUGUGAAGGGGGUAAAUUGCGUAGCAUUGGGCAGUAAUUUUAAAUAUAUAUGCAUAUGAAUAUAUACAUAUAUAUUGAUGUGUUUAUGUGUAUAUACACAUAUUAACACAUAAAUAUAUAUGUAUAUAAGCAUAUACAUAUAUAUUUUCAGGGAACACUCAGUUCCCAUAGACAGCAAUGUAAAGGCACUUUUCGGUGCCGUUUUUUUUUUUUUUUUUCUAACACCCCACAGCCCCUAAAAACUGCCUAGUGCAGUAAUUUAAAAAAACAAAAAAAAGAUGCUUCAAUUUUUUAAUUUUUCAAAAGGCACUACACAUUUUUUGGGGGGGGGUAGUUGGGGCACAUUUAAAAAAUUAACCAGAGGUCUGACCUAUGGUUAAUUUUUGGAGCGGUAGCAAUAAAUGGUUAUUUAUAACGCAUCCGUAAACGUUUGUGGGCACGCAAUAAAUGAGUGCUCCACUUGUAAUCGAGCCCUUAAUUGGUGGCCAAUUACAUGUCUUACAGGCCUGAAGUUUUUAGAAAGAUCAGCCAAGCUUAAAUAAAAUCUAGUAUACGGGACAGUAUUACAGAGAAAAGAUUAUCUGAAACAUAUAGUGAUGUUUUUAUGCAUUGUUUGUUAUUGUAGAUCUUAAUUUUCACAAAUUAUAUUUAAUUUCAGAUGAAAAUGUCAAGAUUUGUUGAACUUACAUUACACUGUAUUUCCCAUAAUGCACUCAAAUUUUUAAUAAAAAAAAACUCUGUUA